AUGGGACCUGUGGGGCAGCUGGAAGCGGGCACAGGAGGGCUCCCAGGUAUGGGUGCAGGGGGGCUCCCAGGUGUGGGCGCAGGAGGGCUCCCAGGAGUGAACACAGGAGGGCUCCCAGGUGUGGGUGUGGGCGCAGGGGGGUUCCCAGGUGUGAGCGCAGGAGGGAUCCCAGGUAUGGGUGCAGGGGGGCUCCCAGGUGUGGGCGCAGGAGGGAUCCCAGGUGUGGGUGUGGGCGCAGGAGGGCUCCCAGGUGUGGGCGCAGGAGGGAUCCCAGUUGGUGAUGACAUCCGGUAG